AUGGGCAAAGAAGCCGUGGCCGUAUUGAACGGUCGAACUCUUGGGGUUAGACCAGACUUUGUUAUGGGCAAGACGAACAAAUCUGCUGAAUGUCUUUCCGAUUUCCCGCUGGGCAACGUUUUAGCUUUCAAGAGCAGGAAGGGUCUCAAACUUCUUGAGUCCGGCGCGAUUGUUCGGUUCGUGGCUGAAACCGAACUGGUAAGCGACCAGUUACUAGGAACUACCACCGAAGAGCGUGCCGUUAUCAGGCAGUGCAUUGAUUUCGCCGAUAAUGAGCUUUUCGAGCCAAUCACAACAUUGAUUCUUUGGAGGUACGGCAUGGCUACCUACAGUGAUGACCAGGAGAACUCGUCACUCAAGCGCCUGAAUAUUUCUCUUGAUGUGUUGGAGAAGCAUUUGAGUGGUCAACAUACAUAUGUACAUUCUGUUAACGAAGUGUGCUGA